GACUAUUUGGUCAUCUUUGACGGUCCGGACUGCAUGGCACCGCGACUUGCGGUUGUGUAUAGCCCAAACCACGAAAUGUCAAUCAGCUCUCAACAAAACAAAGUGUCGUUGUUAUUCAUAAGCGAGCAUUCACACCAGAAUAGCGGCUUUCACCUCAGAUACAGUCCAGAAACGCUAGAAGAUCAAUGGAAGAAGAAUAAUAUAAUCUAUCCUAAAUUCCACCAGCAUAUAAUACACAAUUGUGGAUUGGAGUUAAAUACAAGCACAUCUGCGAUUUUCUGGAGGGUAUCAAAUGAACUAAACGUGUUAUGUAUCUGGCGAAUCACAAACAACCGUGGCGGCAGAGUCCUAUUAAAAAUUAACGAAUUGCGCAUAAAUUCGGAUACCGGAUUUGCCAGAAUUUUAGACGGUUCUGAUUGCGGUGCAGAAGUCAUUCAUGUUUUCCAGCUGGAUACGCCUAUAAUACCUCAGGAAAUCCAAGGAAAAUCAAACGCGAUGGUUAUUGUCUUCUCAAUAACCGGUGGGCCCGAGUCUACCAUCAACGUUACUUUCGUUUUGCAAAGCCCUUGCUUUUCCUCUCGUCCGAGUGCAUCAAAUGGAAGCAUUAAACUUCAGAAUUAUUCACCCAAGAUGUUCUGUAGCGCUACACUCUCCGCUCCAUACCCACACGGAAUUCGCAUGAAAUUAGUUGACGUUUCCCUGGAAUAUGACGGCUUGCACCUUUUGGACUACUUGGUCAUAUUUGACGGUCCGGACUGCAUGGCACCACGUCUUACUGUGGCGUAUGGACCAAAUCACCAACUUCCACUCAGCUCUCGAAACAACAAAGUGUCGUUGUUAUUCAUCAGUGAUUAUUCAACCCAAAAUGCUGGUUUUCAUCUGAAAUACAGACCAGAAACGCGGAUAGACAACUGGAAGAAGAAUGCAAUUCUUGAUCCUAACUACCAGCACAUAUUACACAAUUGUGGAACGGAGUUGAAUACAAGCACAUCAAAUGCGAUGUUCUUGAGGAUUUUAAAUGAAACAAACACGUUAUGCAUUUGGAGGAUCACAAACGACCGAGGGGGCACAAUCGUACUACACAUUGAAGAAGUGCAGAUAAAUUCGUCGUCAGGAUUUGUCAGAAUUUUGGACGGGCGUGACUGCAAUGCCGAAGUUAUUUAUGUUUACGAGCGGCAUACGCGUUCAUUUGAUCGUAAAAUCCAUGGCACAUCAAAUACGAUGAUAGUGGUCCUCUCAGCACCUAGUGAAUACGGGGCUACAUUCAAAGCAACCGUAUCAUACAAUAUACAAAGUCACUGCUUACUUCCGCAACCGAGUGAAUCAGAGGGAAGUAUUGAACUUCGGCAUUAUCCACCCAAGAUGUUCUGCACUACCACACUGUCCGCUACAAACGCCAGCGGAAUUCGCUUCGAAUUUGUCGAUAUGGAAUUGGAACACAGUAGUCGAUACCUAUUCGACUAUUUGGUCAUAUUUGACGGUCCGGACUGCAUGGCACCAAGGCUUACAGUUGUGUCUGGUCCAAACCAACCACUGUCAAUCAGCUCUAAGCGGAACAAAGUGUCGUUGUUAUUCAUCAGCGACUAUGGGAAUACGUGGGCCGGUUUCCAUCUCAGAUACAGUCCAGAAACCAUCAAAAGCCAAUGGAAAAAGAAUGCUUUGCGUGAGUUGAUUAAAGCCAUGUUUACAAUGAAACCGUUACUAUUUGAGUAA